GAAGCUACUUUCCCACACAGGCAGCAGAGCAGCUGCAGAGUUGAUUCAGUCACAACGAGGAGAAUCGGUGGACACAUCAGGACACGUCUGACCAUGUGCCGAGGACUGGAGCUGCUGCCCAUCACCUGCCUGGAGAGGGCGAAGGAGCUGAGAGCUUUGUUCGGAAGUUUUCUCCUGAAGUCAGACCACAGUAUCAGCGGGCAGCCCAGGAACCACAGCAAGCUGAAGUUAAGUGAAGUGGCCGAACCUCUCAAAUGGAAGGAGUCCUUUGAGAGUCUGCUGUCCAGUCAAAAUGGACUGUGUCUGUUCAGAGCCUUCCUGGUGUCGGAGUUCAGCGAGGAGAACAUUGCCUUCUACUUGGCUUGUGAGGACUUCAGAGCCACCAAACCCUCCAAACUGGCCCCAAAGGCCAAGAGAAUCUACGAGGAGUUCAUCUGCUUGAAUGCUCCACGAGAGGUAAACCUGGACCACGCCACUAAAGCGGUCACCCAGGAGAACGUGGAGCGGCCCACUCGGUUCUGCUUCGACGAGGCUCAGUCCAAAAUCUACACACUGAUGGAGAAAGACUGCUACCCCCGCUUCCUCAAGUCCUCCAUGUACCUGGAGCUGAAAACCAGAACGGGCUAAAAGACUCAAAAAGAGACGUGUUUCUGACGCUGCUGAUGCGAUUUCUCCUCAAUGUUUACGGAGACCGGGAGAAGGUCCAGAUGGAUCAGAUACCUCAGCCCGAGGAGCUGCUGGGGUCCAUCUCAGAUCUACGCUGACCGGGUCCAAGCUGGAAAGUCCAGCUGAUGCUGUGAGAAGACACGUGGCACCAGACUCUGCCCUCUGGGAGUAGCAGAAAUGUUUAUUUAUUUAUUAUUUAUUUAAAAUAAAUGUAUCUGGUGGAUAUUUACAACCGAGCGCUGAAUUUGUAUUUUAUAUUUUUUUAUGUGAACGUUGUUGCACUAAAUAAAAAAAAUAAACAUUUUUGAUAGAAUCUGAAAA